AUGGUACUCGAUAUCAAACAGAACGGUGGCACCGACCUUCCACUUGCAUCGGUACGUGAUGCAAACUUUCUUGGACAGCUGCUUCAACGCCUCGGAGCAGGCUUUCAGUUUCCUACUAAUGCCAUCCAUCUUUUUUCGAAACUCGCCGAAAUCUAUAGGCGAGAGAGCGAGAGUGCUCCCAUCUGGUUUAUCUUCAUGAUACGCAUCGCCAUGGCAAAGCUGCGCCAAGCGAUGUACGAGCCCUUUACCUGGACGGACUACCUCUCGGCUCCUCCUGACCCUUCGAAUAAAUCUGAUCACAAACGGUACCAUCUGUGGAGCAUCCUCAGUAUGUUCCAUCCGCUCGAGGUGAAAAUGAAUGCUCGGGGGGAGUUGGAUCCAAUAGCGCCUACUACAACCAUGACCUUAGUAUCAAAUUUGUGGAGAGAUGAUGGAAUGCAGUUGGCGUUUCUCUCAUAUCACGAACGUCAGAUAUCGGAACAUUGCACACUGAUCCCCUGGAAAUCCUGCGCCCACUUAGAGCGCACGUACUUGGCGAAAGACUCGCAACUGAAGGAGUUUGAUGAGAUAUAUUUUCCAGGGGAUCGGAGCAAUGCAAGAAUUGAAGAAGCUUUCUUUUCUCUGGGCCAGGAAAACCAGGCUCCACUAAUGACGCCCCAUUUCCAACAAGCUGGUGUGGUUGUUCCCGACUCUAACCAACCGCAACCCAAAAGAAAGCCCGAAGAGGAUGGUGCUGGAAAAGAGAAAUUUAAGUCCCAAAGACUAGCAUCACCCUUUUGUGAAGAAAAUGACGACGAUGCGGUAAGUGGACUAUUUGGGAACGUGGACAUUGGAUAUGAUGAGUUGGUGCCUUUUGAGAUCUAUGUUGACUCGAGGAUUGCCACAUCCCAGUUUACACCUCACGAAAGUUAUGUCAAGGAACCGGAGAAUGUGUUGGCUUCACCCGCCGGGCGGGCGAAGUCUCUAUAG